GGGGUGGGACGGGGGUUAGGUUGCGGGGCUGGAACCGGUAACCGAGAUUCUCCGGCACGUUGAGAAGCGGUUUGUGCUCCCGGCAGCAGCGGAGUGGUUCACGGCGAUCACCGGUUCCUAAUCAGACACUUUUUGAUAAUUAACCACCUGACACUUCAGUCGACCAAAGAAAUGGUGAUGGAGAAGCCCAGUGCCCAGCUGGUCGGGCGAGAGUUUGUCCGACAGUAUUACACACUCCUGAACCAGGCACCUGACUACCUGCACAGGUUUUAUGGAAAGAACUCGUCCUAUGUUCACGGCGGCCUGGAUGGAAACGGUAAACCAGCGGAGGCCGUUUACGGACAGUCUGAGAUCCAUAAGAGGGUGAUGGCUCUGAGUUUCCGCGACUGUCACACGAAGAUCCGCCAUGUGGACGCCCACGCCACGCUGAAUGAGGGCGUGGUCGUCCAGGUGAUGGGCGAGUUGUCCAAUAACAUGCAACCAAUGAGGAAGUUCAUGCAGACCUUCGUCCUGGCUCCAGAGGGAACAGUCGCAAACAAAUUCUACGUCCACAACGACGUGUUCCGUUACCAGGACGAGGUUUUCGGUGACUCUGACUCUGAGCCUCCUGAAGAGUCUGAGGACGAGGUGGAGGAGAUCGAGGACAGAGUUCCUUCUCCUGAUGCGGCCACAGAGGAGUCGGCGCCGUUCUACGACCCGACGGCCUGCUCGGAGCCGGCUGUAACCGGGGACGACGAGGAGGCCGUGGCCGCCAGUCCAGAACCAGAACCCGAGGCAGAGAAGGAGGCCGAGGCCGCCGCCGAGCUGAAACCCGAACCCACACCGGAGACGCAAACAGAGACGCACACGUCCGACGACCAGACAGAGAAAAGCCCCGCCUCCGCACCGCCCACCGCAGAACCUGUCGUCGAGCCUGCCUCCGCCACCCCCGAGGAGAACAGGCCGUUCUCCUGGGCGUCGGUCACCAGUAAGAACCUCCCCCCCAGCGGAGCCGUCCCCGUCUCAGGAAUUCCCCCCCACGUCGUCAAAGCCACGCCCACAGCUCCGCCCAGGGCGGAGGUGAAGGAACAGACCCAGACGCCAGUGCAGAGACCACAGAGGGACCAGAGGCCCAGGGAGCAGAGGCCCGGGGGGGCCCCACCGGUCCACAGAGGCCCCAGACCAGUCCGAGAGGGCGAGCAGGGUGAGUCUGAGGGGCGCAGGGUGGUCCGCUACCCCGACGCCCACCAGCUGUUCGUAGGAAACGUCCCUCAUGACGUCGACAAGACCGAGCUCAAAGAGUUCUUUGAACAGUACGGUACAGUGUUGGAGCUGAGGAUCAACAGCGGAGGGAAACUUCCAAACUUUGGCUUCGUGGUCUUUGACGACUCUGAGCCCGUUCAGAAGAUCCUCAGUAACCGGCCCAUUAAGUUCCGCGGCGACGUGCGUCUGAACGUGGAGGAGAAGAAGACACGGUCGGCCAGAGAGGGCGAUAGGCGGGAUGUGCGGCCCCGCCCUGGAGGACCCGGAGGACCCAGGGAGCGAAUAGGAGGAGGAGGCGGACCCCGAGGCCCCCCCGCCCGUGGAGGCGCCGCACAGAAACCCAGCUUCGGCUCAGGACGGGGGGCGGGGCCCAGCGAAGGCCGCUACUCCUCCCAGCGCCAGUGAGGAGGAGGAGCCCCGAACCCCGGUCACAUAAUGACGACUUCCUUGGAUUCACCGCAGCAGAACCCGAUUGGACAGAACCGAACCGUUGUCAGGACGACACUGGGGGGGCGUGUCACAUGACCCGCCCUCAUUGGUGUCCCCAGUGACUCACGUGUGUGUGUGUGUGUGUGUGUGUGGGGGGGGGGGGGGGGGGUCGGGUUUGGUUCAGCCUCCACCAGCUCCUGCUGAGUCCAAUGAAGAUGGCCCCUCCUCUAACCCCGCCCCCUCCUCUAACCCCGCCCCCCUCUAACUCCUCCUUUUCUUCUGCUGCUUCUCCUCCUGAGGAACCUGAAUGUCCCUCCUCUUUUCCAUCGGUCCCUCCUCCUCCUCCUCUUCAUGUAUUAUCUGGACUUUGUCUUUUUUUUUUUUGUUUUUCAUGCUGAACUUGAAUUUAUUAAACCAGUUUCAAAUACAAACAGAAAAAGGGUAAAUACUACUUGAAUUGGGCUGAAGAACCCAGAGGUUAGUUUGUUUUUCGCGUUCUCUCUCCCUGUUUCUUAAAGGAACGUGUACUUUUACUGCUUGGGCAAUCCUGUGUAUUGCUGCCGUCGUCUCUAUGGAUGGAUGGGUCUAAUGUGUGUGUGUUGGAUCAGGUCUGGAGCUGAACCUGGGUGCUUUUCCCAGAAUUCCUUUGGGCUUUGGCCGUCUGAACGGAGCAUGUGUCACAUCAUGUCUGGCUUCUUUUACUGAUGCACUUCAUUUGUCAUCGUGUUCAACAGCUCACCUGCCGACCACAGAACUAAAUUAAAGUGAUUUACUGUUUUAAA